AUGUCCCAAAGGACUUACAACGAGCUCUGGGCAGAUGCCCAGUUAGAGUUGAGCCGCCUUUUGACCGAAGAGAUGCCUGCCGAGCCCCCCCGCCCUCAAAGGGACCGGGUGGUGUUCUUCCAGCGAGUGGCCUUGCUUUAUGUGCGCUACAUUCAAAUCUUCAGGCACCUGGAAGAGGCCUACGAAAUGAUGAUCCACCCUCAGAAGAGACGAGUCAUUCGGAAGACCCUGGAUGACAUAUUGGGGAGGGUGUUGGAGCUAAAGAAUGAAAUGGUGGACAAGGAGUUUUCAGAGUACCACUACAUGGACGAUGUCCUUCAUGAUUUGAAGCUCACGCCUUCCCAGCUUGAGAUCCCUAUCCCUCGCUAUUUUCUCAGUGAGCAAAGCCAAGAUUUCAAACAACGCAAAGAAAUGCUAAUGGAUAUCCUCAAACUAGUGGAAGUCCCUGAAAGCGUUGAUCCUAUGAUGGCCAAGGACAUGACUCAAGAGGAAGCCAUUAAUGUUAUUCAAGUGGCAGAGAGGGCACGGCAAGGGCGCGUCAGGGCAAAGUUGAAUAAAGAAAGCAGAAAUCUGAGUCGGAGGCAUAGGACGGAGCCUGCUGGACCAGCUGCUUUUGAGUCGGCUGCCAUCUGCAUUCAAAAGGUGUGGAGGGGCUACAUACAGAGGAAGAGGACCAAGAUUGCUCGAGAAGAAGAGAUGAUUUUUCUUGGAAUGGCAAUGGAACCAAAAUAUUUGGAGCCAUUACCUGCGGAGAUCGCCGCCCGAGCCAAUGAAGCUCUCCUCCGGGCUAAACAGGAGGAGCAUGAGGAAGCUUACCAAAAGGCUUUAGAGACUGUCACAAACCAGAUACGAGAAAUGGAGGGUCACGACAUGAGCAAGACCAUGAGAAGCCAGAUACGACAGUGGUUCUUUGAAUGUCGUAAUAUGACAGGAGCAUUCCCUGACUAUCCAGAAGAAGAAGAUGGAGGCUCAGCCCUAAUUUUUGCAGAAAAGACUCCGCAGCAGUUAUUGGAAGAGAUUGCUGAGAAAGAAGAGGAGGAAUCCACCAGUAAAUCAAAAGGGAAAGAAGAAAAGAAAGAAAAGGGAAAAAAGGAAAAGGGGAAGGGGAAAGAGGAUGAGGAAGCGGAGGAGGCUGGGCUGAAGAUGCUGCCUUCUGCCUUCCUGUCAGAUUUAGAACAAGGAGACAAAAUCUUUGUUGAUUAUUGGAAAACCCGAAAUGAAUCUGGAAACUUCAGCCAGAAGCACGAGGUGGAGUUGAUUAAGGAGGAAAAGAGGAAGCUAAUUGAAGACGAAAUACGAGUGCAGGUAGAUGAGCAGAUGAGGCAAGAGCUGGCUGAACUGAAGCUCUCCGUGGACAAAGAUAAGGGUGGUAAAACUAAAGGAAAUGCCAAGAAGAAGAAAGGAUCUAAGAGUGGGAAGAAGAAGAAAAAAGAAAAAGAUCUGACAGCUGACAGGACUCUUGAGUCUCUGUGUCAGGAGUUGGCGGAACAGGGCUUGUUGAAACAACCAAAAGAUGUUAGGCUGCAGGAUUACUUGGGUGAUUAUAGUUACCUCGGGACCACUCUGAGGCAAAAUGACAUUGAGCCCAUGCCAUCAUUGUCAGAUGUGCGACAAAUAUUAUCUUUAUAUGCAGUGUUGCCUUUAGGCUCACAGGUAGUACACGAGAAGGCUCCUUUGAUAAAGGCCAUCCUGCUGGUUGGACCUGCAGGUGUCGGUAAAAAGAUGUUGAUCCAUGCUGUGUGCCAGGAGACAGGCGCCACCCUCUUUGAUCUGUCACCUCUGAAUACAGCAGGAAAGUAUCCCGGCAAGAGUGGCCUUACCAUGAUGCUUCACAUGGUCUUUAAGGUUGCAAGACUUAUGCAACCCUCUGUAAUAUGGAUUGAGGAUGCAGAAAAAAUGUUCUACAAAAAGGUUCCCAAGGAAGAAAAAGAGUUAGACCCUAAGCGGCUGAAGAAAGAUUUGCCUAAGUCUCUGAAACUGAUCAAAGGAGAAGACCGGGUCCUGAUAAUAGGAACAGCUAAAGACCCACAAAGUGCUGAUAUUAAGUCAUUGUGUAAAAUGUACAGCAAAAUCAUCCUCAUCCCGAGACCUGACUACGGCUCAAGACUCAUCUUGUGGAAGCAGUUGAUCAAAAAGUCAGGAGGUGAAGUGACCAAGGCCUUGGACCUCAGCUCCCUUGCGAAGAUAUCCGAUGGCUACACCCCAGGUCACAUGGUCAAAGUUAUCCAGAGUGUCGUUACCAAGCGUCGCAUCUUACAGCAGGUGAAGAGGCCGCUGACCGCUGCCGAAUUCGUUCCCCCAUUAGCCAAGAUUGACCCAGUGUUUCAGUUGGAGGAAGAGGCAUUGAAGAACUGGUAUGCAAAGACUCCCCUGGGAAAGAAAAGAAGCAAAGCUGCCGCUGGAAAGGAGGAAGAAAACGCACCAGCUAAAGGCAAAGAUGCAAAAAAGAAAAAAAAAUAGAUUUGCUAUGCCGUUUUUUUCUCGAACUGAACAGAACAUUACAUCUAAGGCAAUAAAAAAUGUUGCUGUGAUAACACUGUUAAGUUUACUGCACCUCUGACAAAAUAAAGAGCCA